CCACCUGUGCCCAGCAGUGCGCCCACUAGCUCCGCCCACCUGUGCCCAGCAGAUCACCCACCUGUGCCCAGCAGUGCACCCACCUGUGCCCAGCACCCAGCAGUGCUGCCAGUCAGUGCCACCAGUCAGUGCCCAGCGGUUGCGCCAGUCAGUGCCGCCAGUCAGUGCCCAGCAGUGAUGCCAGUCAGUGCCGUCUAUCAGUACCCAUCAUCAGUGUCACCUAUCAGUGCCGCCUAUCAGUGCUGCAUAUUAGUGCUGCCUAUCCGUGACACCUCAUUAGUGCUGCCUAUCAGUGCCGCCUAUCCGUGCCACCUCAUUAGUACUGCCUAUCAGUGCCCUUUAGUG